CCAGAAGGGGUUGCCGAUUUCUCUGGCAUGAGCCAAACAAUUCCUGCCAAAUAGCACAAACCCAAUCCUAUUCACGUCAACACACCCUAGUCUCGUCCACAGAAUAUCACACCACUCUCUUCUUCAACCCUCUGCUAUACAUUCACUGUCCACCGCAACACCACCCCACUCCCCAAAAUGGCCUCCGAUUCCGCCACACCAAACCCUAGUCCCCUCCUCAUCUGUAUAUACACUGUAUUCUUAUGUAUAUCUGUAUCUACAUCUGUAUCUGCCCUAGUCCAUGCUCAAACCCUAAGCCUGGGGUCCAAACACAAUUCGACCUCACAACUCAAGGACUCUCUCGUGUACCUAUGGCCCCUGCCCGCAGAAUACACGUUCGGCAACGGAACCCUCUCCGUCGACCCCGAUCUCUCGCUCGCUGUUGGCGGCAGCGGUGGGAACUCCGCCAUCGUUAGGGACGCGUUCGAGAGGUACAGAGCGAUUAUUUUCAAGCACGGCCCGUCGAAUUUUAGACCGAUGAAGUCACAUAUCAGUAAAGUUAGGGUUGUUGUCCAUUCCGAUAACGAAGAGCUUCAACUUGGUACGGACGAGAGCUAUUCUUUGAUAGUGGCUGAGAGCGAUGACCGUUCGAUUAUUGCUGAGGCCACGAUCGAGGCAAAUUCUGUUUAUGGAGCAUUGCGUGGGUUAGAGACAUUCAGCCAAUUAUGUACUUAUGAUUAUGAAACAAAAUCCAUACAUAUAUACAAGGCACCAUGGUACGUACGAGACAGACCAAGAUUUGCAUUUCGUGGGCUUCUACUUGAUACUUCAAGGCACUAUUACCCUGUUGAUGUGAUUAAGCAAAUAAUUGAAUCCAUGUCCUAUGCUAAGCUGAAUGUGCUUCAUUGGCAUAUCAUAGAUGAAGAGUCAUUUCCCCUAGAAGUUCCUACAUAUCCAAAGUUAUGGAAAGGGGCAUAUUCAAAGUGGGAACGCUACACCAUUGAGGAUGCUGAUGAAAUUGUCAACUUCGCCAAGAGAAGAGGUAUCAAUGUUAUGGCAGAGGUAGACGUACCUGGUCAUGCAGAGUCAUGGGGUGCUGGGUAUCCUGAUCUUUGGCCUUCAGCUUCCUGCAGAGAGCCUCUGGAUGUUUCAAAAAAGUUCACUUUUGAUUUGAUUGCUGGCAUUUUGACAGAUAUGAGGAAGAUUUUUCCAUUUGAGCUCUUCCACUUGGGCGGUGAUGAGGUUCACACAGAUUGUUGGACCUCAACUCCACAUGUUCAGCAAUGGCUUCGAGAUCACAACAUGACUGCUAAAGAUGCAUAUCAGUAUUUUGUACUCAGAGCUCAACAAAUAGCCAUAUCAAAGAAAUGGACCCCUGUCAAUUGGGAGGAAACCUUCAAUGCAUUCCCAACAAAACUCAACCCGCGGACUGUGGUGCAUAACUGGUUGGGUGCGGGUGUUUGUCCAAAGGCCGUUGGACAAGGUUUCAGAUGCAUUUUCAGCAAUCAAGGUUUUUGGUAUCUUGACCACUUAGAUGUCCAAUGGGAUGGUGUGUAUAAUGCUGAACCACUAGAAGGAAUAAGUGAUGUGUCCGAGCAACAACUUGUUCUUGGAGGAGAAGUGUGCAUGUGGGGUGAGACAGCUGAUCCCUCAGUCGUUCAGCAAACGAUAUGGCCUAGAGCUGCUGCGGCUGCAGAGCGUUUGUGGAGCAAAAGGGAGGCCACAUCUACAAGGAAUAUUAAUAUCACUGCGUUACCUAGGCUGGAAUAUUUCAGAUGUCUAUUGACUAGGCGCGGGGUUCCAGCUGCUCCUGUUAUAAAUUUUUAUGCUCGAAGUCCUCCAAGUGGCCCAGGAUCAUGUUACGAGCAAUAGUUCUGUUGGCCAGUUAGGUAAUUCUUCAAACAUUCUGUACUAGUUAUUGGAUUUUCAGCAGCUAAAUAUCUCUGUUGCUUCAGUGCAAUAUCCCUGUGAGGGUUUAUUAUUCUUUGGGUUGUCAAUAAUGAGAUUGUUAUGGUUCAAAAAAAAAAAAAUUAAUGAGAUCGUUGCUGCUUUCAUGCA